AUGGAGACCCUGGAAGGAGCUGAGCUCUGCUUCCCAGAACUCCUCAACACCUCCUGCAGGAAGAAGGUGCGUCCUCACUCCGAGGCCAUAAUCAUUUCCAUUCUGCUGUUUUCCAUCUCUCUGAUCACUGUAGCUCUCAACGUGCUGGUCAUCAUCUCCAUUUCUCACUUCAGGCAGCUUCAUACCCCCACCAACCUCCUCCUCCUCUCCCUGGCUGUCUCAGACCUCCUUGCCGGCCUCCUGCUGCCGGUUGAAUUCCUCUUUGCAGAGGCCUGUUGGUUAUCAGGCGAUCUUGUGUGCACAUUGUCAUUCUUUCUUGUGUUUUCUGUCGUCUCUGUCUCCGUAGGAAACAUGGUGCUCAUAUCAAUCGACCGUUAUGUGGCUAUCUGUGACCCUAUGCAUUAUCCCAUAAAAAUGACCCAGACAAGAGUUCGAAUCUAUGUCUGUCUGUGUUGGAUCUGUGCUCUUUUCUACAGUAGUCUGAUUCUAAAAGACCACCUGAAGCAACCAGGCAUGUUUCACUCCUGCGUUGGAGAGUGUGUGGUUGUCCUUAACUACAUUGCAGGAACUGUUGACCUUGUUUUUAACUUUAUUGUCCCCAUUACUGUCAUUGUUGUUUUGUAUAUGAGAGUAUUUGUGGUGGCUGUGUCUCAGGCUCGUGCCAUGCGAUCUCAGACUGUGGCUGUCACACACCAGCGUCCAGGGACUGUAACUGCUAAGAAAUCUGAGAUGAAAGCAGCCAGGACUCUUGGGGUUGUCAUAAGUGUUUUUUUAAUAUGUGUCUGUCCAUAUUACUGUGUCAGUCUUGCAGGAGGGGACAGCUUGGACAGUGCUUCAUCUGUAAUCUUUUUCACUUUUCUGUCUUAUCUUAACUCCUGUUUAAAUCCUGUUAUCUAUGCCUUUUUCUAUCCGUGGUUCAGAAAAGCUAUUAAACUCAUUGUUACACUUCAGAUACUGCAGCCUGGCUCCCGGGAGGCCAACAUACUGUAG